CGGGCACCAUGAGUCUCGGCGCGGAGCUCUCGCGGAACCGCGUCGCGAGAAGCAGCAAGUCCCGCGCUUGCGCAGUGCGGCGGUGGCCUGUGGCGCGGUCGGCGAGUGAAGGGGUUUAGGUGGUGUGAAGGCCAGCGCCGCCUCGACCUGUGGUCACCAUGAGCGGGACCUUAGCGAAGAUCGCGGAGAUCGAAGCCGAGAUGGCUCGGACUCAAAAGAACAAGGCUACAGCACAUCACCUUGGGCUGCUUAAGGCUCGCCUUGCCAAGCUUCGAAGAGAGCUCAUCACUCCGAAAGGUGGCGGUGGUGGUGGGCCAGGAGAAGGUUUUGAUGUGGCUAAGACAGGUGAUGCUCGAAUUGGGUUUGUGGGUUUCCCAUCUGUGGGGAAGUCAACUCUGCUAAGCAAUCUAGCAGGAGUAUAUUCUGAAGUGGCAGCGUAUGAAUUCACUACUUUGACCACUGUGCCUGGUGUCAUCAGAUAUAAAGGUGCCAAGAUCCAGCUAUUGGAUCUCCCAGGUAUUAUUGAAGGUGCCAAGGAUGGGAAAGGCAGAGGUCGUCAAGUCAUUGCAGUGGCCCGAACAUGUAAUUUGAUCUUGAUUGUUCUGGAUGUCCUAAAACCCUUGGGACAUAAGAAGAUAAUUGAAAAUGAGUUGGAAGGCUUUGGGAUUCGCUUGAACAGCAAGCCCCCCAACAUUGGCUUUAAGAAGAAAGACAAGGGAGGCAUUAAUCUCACAGCCACUUGCCCUCAGAGUGAACUAGAUGCUGAAACAGUGAAGAGCAUUCUGGCUGAAUACAAAAUUCACAAUGCUGAUGUGACGUUGCGGAGUGAUGCCACAGCGGAUGACCUCAUUGAUGUGGUAGAAGGAAACAGAGUUUAUAUCCCCUGUAUCUAUGUAUUGAAUAAGAUUGAUCAGAUCUCCAUUGAGGAAUUGGAUAUUAUCUAUAAGGUUCCUCACUGUGUGCCCAUUUCUGCCCAUCACCGCUGGAAUUUUGAUGACCUGUUGGAGAAGAUCUGGGACUAUCUGAAACUAGUGAGAAUUUAUACCAAGCCCAAAGGCCAGCUACCAGAUUACACCUCCCCGGUGGUGCUGCCAUACUCCAGGACCACGGUGGAAGAUUUCUGCAUGAAGAUUCACAAAAAUCUUAUCAAAGAAUUUAAAUAUGCUUUGGUCUGGGGUCUCUCUGUGAAGCAUAAUCCUCAGAAAGUGGGUAAAGACCAUACAUUGGAAGAUGAGGACGUCAUUCAGAUUGUGAAGAAGUGAACCUGCCUCCCCUUCUGCUGGCCAGCCACAGCAAUGUUCCUUUAGCACCAAGUACCCUUCUCAACCUUCUGUAUUUAGCAGCCAUUGGAUUGGGGUACAGGAAUGGAGAUGAAGACUCCAAAGUAGAACAUCAUUUGUCUUUGUUGGGGGCGGGGGUAGGGUCCCAUUUAUUUCAGGCUGGCCUUGAACUCUGUAGCUGAGGCUCACCUAGAAUUCUUUAUCCAUCAGUUUCCAUCUCCCAAGUGCUGGGCUUGCCAGUGUGUACCAGCAUCUCAGCAACAUUGCCUUUCUUACCUUGGUGUCAGUGUCUUGAACUGUAUAAAAACUCUGGUGGGCCCAUUGACUGUGUGUCAUUGUCAGAUUUGCUGUGGGUCCAGCUGAAUGAGGAAACAGCUGUAUGUACAGGCAGGCGGCUGCAGAGCGGGAACCAGAUAACUGUGCUGUCCUGUGUGAGGGACAGUAAUGAGAGGCUCUUUCACCUGGUGUGGCCUCUGCCUUCAGGUGAUCUUAGGACAUUAGUGAGGGGAAGGAUAUCCUGAAGUUAUCUGCUUAUUUCCUCCAGUGCUGAUCUGUUACGGAAGAUAGCAGUUGAGUGGUCGGGGAGCAGAGUGGGGUUUGAGUUGUAUAGAAACCUAAAAAGAUUACUCAGCCUUUGUAAGCCUCCGUUUCAUCAUGUAAUACAGGGAUAAUGGCAUUAACUGUUAAGGUUGUGGUGCUGGUAUUAGGGGUGGGUUUUGGAAGUUGCUUAGCACAGUGUCAAUCUUAUAAAAAUACUCAGUAUAUUUUGGUUCCUGUUGUUGCUCAGUUUUUGUUUUUUUUAAACUGGGCUCAUUGCCUGCCAUAGACUUAGCACAGGUGUGUAUUAUCACAGUCAUGUCACCAGGACCUCCAAGCUAAGAGACUUUGACUUUAAUCCUUUGGCAACCUCUUGUUGACUAUGUAACUUGGAGGAAAGCAGGGGACAUGAGAAGUGAGGUGGCUGCUCUUACCAGAAUAGGCAUGUGGAUACACAUCCCUGGAAUGGGAGGGGGGAGGUUCAUUAAGACUACUGGAGAGCUGAUUGGUGGCAGUGCGAGCCUUUAAUCCCAGCACUUGGGAGGCAGAGGCAGGCAGAGCUCUGUGAGUUUGAGACCAGCCUGGUCUACAGUGACUGCCUGGACAGCCAGGACUGUUUCACAGAGAAAUCCUGUCUCGAAAAACAACAAAAAGCAACAAUAACAAAACUACUGGCGAGAGCACAUGCAGCCCUGGGAAGACAAGAAUGUCAGCUGACUGUCCUGAUUAUCUUUUGAUGGUUGGCAAUAAUCACGUCAUGGCUUAGUGAGAAGGUGGGCAAUAGGUACAAGAGAAUUCUUGCUGAAUCACUUGUCUGGAAGAUUAUUUUAAUGUGAUCUGCAAGGACAGUAGAGGAGGCCUUGAGAAAAACAAGAACAGGCUUGUCUUCAAGGGAGAUGAGCUAGAACCUUUAUCAAUCUGAGUGAAGGUGUGGCCUCCCACGAACUCCCCUUUGCUCAGGCUUGCCCUCCUGCUGCCCUAGAGUGGACUAUUCCCUUUCUUUGGGUUCAGCACUGUCCUCUGGUACAGGUUGGCUCACCUGUCCCAGGCCAGUCACUCUUCAGAACACAGACUGGUGUCUGUCACUGGACAGUCACUGAUGGGUAUAACCGGGAAAGCCUACCAAACACAACAACAAAGAAUUGACUUUCGGGGCUAGGGGAUUUCUAGCUAGGUUUGUUCUCCAGUGAGAGAUUCCUUAAGCAAAGCAAGAUUCACUUUGCUUAAACAUGUUCAGGAUGCUGACGAGAGGACAGUCCCAAUCCUUUGCGAGGCCUCAGUUACCCCUCCCCCAGUUGCCAGCCCCACACACCUUGAGAAGUUGUCCUUUAGGCUGGUGUGGCAAAUGCCUAUAAUGUUCUGUUUGGAUAGAAGCAGAAGGGUUAGCAAGAUAGAAGCAGAAAGGUUAGCAAUUUGAGGUCAUGCUUAAUGACAUGCAUAGUUAAAGCUGGCUUUAUGGAGAAAUGCUAUCUCUAUCCCCCAAAACAAACAUGAGCUUACCUUUUCCCCUCUUUGGGACUUAGACUUGAUGGUCUGAAGAGAAGAGGUAGCUAGUGUCAGGACACUGGCUGGGAAAGUGCUGCCCAUGGUUGGCAUCCGGGUCAGGUGUUGCCAGGUUCUUGGCCUCUUAUCCAAAGAAUUGAAACCAAGGCCUUCCAGGGAUUUGCACUUCAAGGUAACUCCGUUUGGAGCAAAGCAGUAGUGUAGGUUAACGAGGGACACACUAUCAGGAGUACUCAAGGACCCAAGGCUACAGCCUAAGCUCUCAUGAUGUCUUU